CAAACUGGUAAUAUAUAAUAUCAACUUUUUAAUAUAUUGACAUUAACUGGAUAUGAAAUAUACUACUCUACAAAUAUAUUUUUCUGUGCAAUAUAUACUACUUUGUUGUCACUCAUCUUCAUUUAAAUCUUUCCACGGUGUACUGGCCCUUUAAUUCAGCUCGAGCAGCAUGGCAAAAAUAAAAAAUAAAACAUUAGACUCGACACCGAAAAUCCCGCUUCAUUACUGCAGCGUCCGGUGUAAAAUUUUAGCGGCGCAGAGUUUACAAACUGCAGUUUUGUUGUCAUUCCCCACAGGAGACAUCAUCUUUACACACAGCACAAAAUCGAUGUGUUUUCCUGCCCUCUUUUGAUUGACAGGAUAUAAUCGGCUCUGAUCGUCGGAUGUUUUUAAACUAUCAGAUGAUGGGCCAUAGCGUGAAAAAUAGCCUUUAUUGGCCGAUCCCUCGGUGCAUCUCUACUAAUAAUGUAACGACAUUUCAUCAGUGCAAGCUCUUGAUUACUUUGUCUACUUUUACUGAUAAGAAUUUUGUAAAUAGUGUUAUUAUAUUUACUGCUUUCAACACCUUGUUUAUUUAAGUGGACCUAUUGACACUUUAAUUUUUUUAUAAAAAUAUAUAAAGGUGAAAUAGUUUGCUAGAAUGUUGCAUUAAUGGAAAUAUUUGUUUAUGCAGUCCUUCAGUAGAACACAAACUGCUUUGUCUUAAACUGAGUUGUAAUUUGUGAUCCUUUUCUUCAGCUCCUGACUUGAGUCGUGGAGCUGAAACACUAUUACUCAUUUGCAUAUAUUAUUACAUGAGGUGAAGACCAUUUGCAUGGACAGGAGUCAGAAAAUCACUGGCAGUGUUGAGUCUUGAAGACGACAGAGAACAAAAUACUCCCCAGCACGCUGUAGCAACAUAUUAGGAUCGAAAAAUGGAUGCCAUAGUGAGGAAAUCCCUGGCCAGCUGUGUAGCAGGGAUGAAGAAUGGAGUUGGUAAGAAAGGGAAUGCUGUUAGGAGGAAAAGCGCACCCUGCUGUUACUCCCACAUCACUUACGACUCAUCUUGGAUUAGAACCUACCAAGCAGAGCUACACAGAGAAAGGAAACUGAGACAAGGCAUAUUAGCUCAGAAGAAAGCAGAGAGAACAGUAUUGAAGGCCCACUACAUGAACCCACACCAUUACACAAAGACACCGCAGGGCAGGACACACUUAAAAACCAAAGAGUCUACAAAAAAAGAUGACUCGCUUUUUGGUGCCUUUCAGGGACUAAGUCUCAAUAUGGACGGCGUCCGGUCUUUGAAACCUACAGCACGAAGUGCAGAGCAAUGUAAAGUCAUGUAACAAGGAAGCACAAAAUCAUUUUCAGUGAUAAUAUGCACAUUUCCUGUAACAUAAUGCGGCACAUAAUCUGGAUAAAUGUUUAGCUGUGUUUUAAGCUUAGUUUAUAUAAUCAGUUUAACUGUAAUUUUAAUCCUUUGUAUAAUGUUUUUUUCAUGUAUUAUAUAGAUGUCAUAUUAGAGUCAAUCAAAUCAUAAAUAAAUAAAUGGAAGUGGUGAGAGCUGCUUACAUACAAAAGGACAUAUUUAUAUUGAAAGUUCCUCAAUUUGGUUGCAUAUCCCUUGCUUCCAAUAACUGUAUCAAGUCAGCAUCCCACUGACACCACCAAACUGUUGCAUUCUUCUUUUGUGAUGCUUUUCUAAGUUUGCAGCACAGCUUCUUCCUCCCUUCAGUCUCCUCUUCAGGAGCUGAAAUGCUGUUCACCUGGGUUAAGGUCUGAUCCAAAAUACAUGAGCUCAUCGGUCAAGCAUGGUGGAGUUCGUGUCAUGGCUUGGGCUUGCAUGGCUGCUUCUGGAACAGGCUCACUAAUCUUUACUGAUGAUGUAACUCGUGAUGGUAGCAGCAGAAUAAAUUCUGAGGUUUACAGGAACAUUCUGCCAAUUUACAGAGAAAUACAUCCCAAUUCUAAUAAGGAGGAACUUCAUCAUGCAGCAAGACAGUGAUCCAAAACACACUUCCAAUUCAACAAAGGACUUUAUCAAGGGGGAAAAAGUGGAAGGUUUUAGACUGCCCAAGUCAAUCACCAGACCUUAACCCAACUGAGCAGCAUUUUAAAUCCUUAAGAGGAGACUGACAGGAGAAACCCCCUGAAACAAACAACAACUGAAAGAAGCUGCAGUAAAAGCCUGGAAAAGCAUCACACAAGGAAAAACCAACAGUUUGCUGAUGUCAGUGUCAGUAGGGCAAGGUAUAUGCAAGUAAAUAUUUACUGUAAGACACUCCGUUCCAAUAAAAUUGGGUGGUCUGCCACCAAAGGUGCCAUGUUCUAAGUUGUUUAACACAUCUAGAUGUGAAGAUCAGAAAAUAAAAGCUGAAAUUCUGAUCUAUCGUCUCAUCCAUCUUUUGAUCUCAAACGCAAAAGUCUUCAAUAUGUAGCAAAAACAAUCAAAUUGCCAUUGCAA